AUGGCCGGCAAUAAGAAAAAAAAGAAGCCAGCUACUAACCCUGCACGAGGCUUUGCGACAACUUCCAUUGCAGCGAAGCCGCGGCCCGAAGCGACCGAGUCAGAACUUGCCGCGCCAGCAGAUGCCCCUCAUGACAAACAGGAUGCCCCUCUACCAACUGAGGAAUCACCUAAGACGGAUGGUAAAAACAUAGCGGAAAAGGAAUUAAGUGCCGAAGAGUUCGAGAAGCACCUCGAAGAAUCCGAACUCCAGCUUCUAGUGGAGAGAUUGGCUCAAAAAUGCAAGCGCGAUGCGGCCCGCCAGCGCAACCGACUGGAAACGGAUCGGAGGCUGCUUCGAGGUCAAGCAGAGUCUGUCAACAGCUUGAAGUGGUUUAAUACCGAGCUCAUGGAGCAUAUCAAGGAUGUUAUUUCCGGAGAGACUCGGUUCUCUCUUUCAAGCUUAUCAACAGAGAGCCAUGGCGGUGGCAGGAUGCCCUCGGAAGAAGAAUUGAUCGCCCGUCUGUGGACGCUGCAGCUCACACUACAAUCCGCCGGUUUUCAAGAACACCGAGUCCGUUCUGUUGUGAAACAUAUUCUGGAUAUUACAACAAGUAUAUCUGCUCCAGGCAAAGAUCUGAUAUGGGGGCUAGAAGAGUCUCUUGAAUGGCUAGCGCGCGAAUGUGACGUGAGCGAAUUGCCGGCAUAUGAGAAAAAGCCAAAGACAACUUCUAAAGGGGAGACACCGAAUGAUAGUCCAAUACCUUCGAGAUCCGCAACGCCAAAGCCGAAUCGCCAAACUGCAAACAGAGGUGCUGAUGGACGGGACCGAAAAACGCAAUCGCCCAUCAAGAAGACGGUUGUCACCUGUGAUAGUGACAUUGAGCCCGAUGAGUUGGUACCUGAAUAUGUGGCCGCCAAAACAAGAUUGUUGGAGCUCUCUAGAAGCCGAGAAUCUCAUUCCGACAACAGAGCGAUGGCGAUUGCGAAACUGGAAGCAAGGAUUCAAAUGAUCGAAAAAGACGUUCUGUUUGAUAAGCCAACUGCCGAAUUACAAUGGCGGGCAAGAAAAAUUGUUGUGGAGCAGCAGCUGGCAGCCACAAGAAAGCAAUCGGAGGCGGACCGUGGGCAUGAAGUGCCGAUGGAACCGCUGAAGCUUGAUGAUCCCAAAACAAUUCAUAUUAAUGAUGAGGCCGAGCGCAUUGCUGCGGAAAUUCUGGCACAGGAUGGAGCAACGGAUGACAUUGGAGAAUUAUUCGACUCUCUGCCCCAGGACGAAGUAGAUCCCACCACAGGAAAGUCGCAAACCGUCGUUACCGACGCCAACGGCAUGAAGCUGGUGCUCAAAGAUUUUGGAAAAUGGACAGGAAUGGGACCUCGUCGUAUCUUGGAGGAAGCCUGUCGGUCACGUGACUCGGCUGUCAAAAUACAGUACAAGGUUGUCUCUGACGCUUCUUUCGCGAGCCAGCAAGCUUUAGACAUUUUGUGGAAUAAAGCACAAGAAUUGCCUCAACCAGUACUCACAACCGACGUGUCGAUAGACCUAUUGCCCAAUCAUUUUUCUUUUAGAAUGGCUGGAGUUGCUACUCCUGAUACUAAGCAAUCUGAAGCAUACAUAGCUACCGUGGCACUAUUUCACGUAUUUAGCACCAAUACGAGAGAGGAGAAGGUGAAUUUGCGGUUGCCACCAAUUUGGAAAGACCUCUGGUCAGAGCUGGCGGGAGCCAAAAAGAGUCAUGCCGAUGCUGCAGAUCGAAAUGUGGUGAAGAGCUUACGAGGUUUGGUGCGGGCAAGGCUUGAUCAGGAGUUGGAAGAUGGCGUCAUCAUACACGGUGCCUUCCGAGGACGUGGAAAUACUAAGCAGCAGUCCGAAGCGAAUGAGGGGAGCAGUAACCGCACCAAGCAAGCCAAUGGCAGCCCUGGUUUGUUUCAAAAGAUUUGGGCUGACAAAUCUGGCACUUCAAAGUACCAGUCCAUGUUGCUGUCUCGCAUGCAACUACCCAUGUGGGACUUCAAAGUUCAAGUUUUGGAGGCUGUCGCAAGUAAUCAAGUCGUUAUUGUCUGCGGUGAGACUGGAUGCGGCAAGAGUACGCAGGUUCCUUCAUUCCUUCUCGAGAACGAGCUGUGCAACGGAAGGCAUUGUAAAAUUUAUUGCACCGAACCCCGCCGUAUUUCUGCUAUCUCACUUGCUCGCCGUGUGAGUGAAGAGCUGGGCGAGAAUCGCAAUGACAUAGGAACAAAUCGCUCUCUAAUUGGCUAUUCGAUUCGGCUUGAGGCCAGUGUCACGAAGGAAACCAGGCUGAUUUACGCAACCAUUGGUAUUGUCAUGCGCAUGCUGGAAGGCUCCAAUGAUCUGAAAGAGGUUACGCACUUGAUCCUGGACGAAGUUCACGAACGUUCGAUUGACAGCGACUUCCUACUUAUUGUCCUGAAACGUCUGAUGCUCCAAAGAAAAGAUCUCAAAGUUGUUCUUAUGUCUGCCACAGUGGAUGCAGAUCGCUUCUCAGCAUAUCUGGGCGGCGCUCCCAUCCUUAAUGUGCCUGGCCGAACGUAUCCUGUCGAGGUUCGCUACCUCGAGGAUGCCAUUGAGCUAACCGGCUAUACCCCUCCAAAAUCUGCUAGCGAUAAGAUGGUAGAUUUGGAUGACGAUAUUGGCGAUCUUGAUCCAGAUGCUCCCAAGGAUGAAAUAUCUCAAUCUCUCGCCGCGUAUUCCCCCAAGACGCGCAGCACCCUGUCCCAGCUGGAUGAGUAUCAAAUCGAUUUCGAACUCGUUGUGCAGUUGAUCGCCCGUAUUGCCACGGACGAGGAUUUGCAAGCUUACAGCAAUGCCAUUCUUGUGUUCCUUCCUGGCAUCGCUGAAAUUCGAACUUUGAACGAUAUGCUUCUCGGCGACCCACGAUUCGCUAAGGACUGGCUUGUGUACCCUCUGCACUCUACCAUUGCAACAGAUGACCAAGAGUCUGCAUUCUUAAUACCUCCUCGCGGAAUGCGAAAAAUUGUGCUGGCAACUAAUAUCGCGGAAACCGGUAUUACCAUUCCAGAUGUAACAUGUGUCAUUGAUACUGGCAAGCAUCGUGAGAUGAGAUUUGAUGAGCGCAGGCAGCUUUCAAGAUUGAUCGACACCUUUAUUUCGAGGGCCAAUGCAAAGCAACGGCGAGGUCGAGCUGGUCGUGUUCAAAAAGGCCUCUGCUUUCACAUGUACACUCGAUUCCGACACAAUAACCUCAUGAGCGAUCAGCAAACUCCGGAAAUGCUUCGCUUAUCGCUGCAAGACCUCGCAAUUCGGGUCAAAAUAUGCAAGAUUGGUGGGAUCGAGGAGACAUUGGGAGAUGCGCUGGAUCCUCCUUCGGCAAAAAAUAUCCGUCGCGCAAUCGACGCAUUGGUGGAUGUACGGGCCCUGACCCCGGGUGAGGAUUUGACACCGCUAGGACAUCAACUCGCACGUCUUCCGUUAGAUGUCUUCCUUGGAAAACUGAUUCUUUUCGGGACGGUCUUCAAAUGUCUAGACGUGGCGCUCACGCUGGCUGCCAUCCUAUCCUCUAAAUCCCCCUUUUCUGCGCCAUUUGGCCAGCGCAACUUGGCGGACAACGCUCGCGCAGCAUUCAGACGAGCUGAUUCGGAUCUUCUUACAGUAUACAACGCUUAUCUGGGAUGGAAGAAGACCUGCCAAUCCAACAGCGGUAUUGGAAAAGAAAUGCAAUUCUGUCGCAAGAACUUUCUCAGUCAACAGACUCUGUCGAACAUCGAAGAUCUAAAGGGCCAACUAUUGGUCUCCCUGGCAGACUCUGGAUUCCUCCCGCUCACCGAUGAGGAGCGGAAGGCGCUUUCACGCCAGCGCUUCUCCGGAGGCCGUGGCCGCCGGCAGCAACACUUUUUCGAAAUACCUGGCCGAGUCAAUAUGCAUAGCGAUAAUGAUGUGGUUUCCGCUUCAGUAAUCGCCUGGAGCUUUUAUCCUAAGCUCUUAGUGCGAGAUACACCUGGUAUGAAGGGCAUGCGUAAUAUUGGCAAUAAUCAGUCCAUCAGCAUACACCCCUCGUCGGUGAACCGCGACCACCUCGACAUCAAGUGGCUCUCAUAUUACCACAUUAUGCAAUCCAAAACAGUCUAUCGAGCCCACGAGACCACGGCAGCGGAUCCCUUUGCCAUUGCCCUCCUAUGUGGAGAUGUUCGCAUCGAUAUGUUCUCUGGAGUCAUUAUAUUAGAUGGGAAUAGGGGGCGGUUUGCAGUGCCAGAUUGGAAGACGAUGCUCGCCAUCAAAGUAAUCCGCACGAGACUGCGAGAGCUUCUCACGCGGUCCUUCAAACAGCCAGGCAAGCUUCCCACUGCUCAGCACGAAAAGUGGUUUGACGUUUGGCAACGGCUCUUUACACAAGACUUUUCCCAGGAAAAAUCCAUUGGGGUACUCUCGAAAGCAUAG